AUGGAUAUGGGUGCUGAUGCUACAAUUAUUUCUAAAAGAGACUGGUCCCCAUCCUGGCCCCUUACCCCUUCCAUGACUCACUUUAAAGGCAUUGGACAAACCUCUAACCCAUUACAGAGCUCCAAAAUUUUAACCUGGGAAGGUGGAGCAAAAAAUAAGGGCACAGUCCCGCUGUACAUGGUUGAGACCCUCCCGGUUAACUUGUGGGGACGUGAUAUUUUAUCCCAAAUGAAGCUUAUAAUGUAUAGUCCAAAUGAAUUGGUUACUCAACAGAUGCUUAACCAGGGCUUUCGCCCUGGACAAGGCUUAGGAAAACAUUCUCAAGGCCCUGAAGAACCCAUUCAGGUGGAGGUAAAAAUCAUUCCUUUCCGUAUGGGCUAUAAAAAUUUAUCCUAG